GGUUCCCGGCGCGCCCUCGCGACCCCGCUCGGUUACCGGGCAACCGUGGCGCCUCCGCCUCCUCCUCCUCCGGGCCGGCCCUGACCGAGGCUCUCUCUCCGCGCCAUUUUCAAACUGCCCCUCAGCCGGCGGCGGCGGCGGGGGCGACGAGGCCCGCGGGCGAUGAGGCGGCGGCGGCGGAGGCCGGGACUGCCGAACUUUAGUUUCUGGAUGUGAGAAGAGCUGAGACCGGAAGACAAGAUGACCACGGCUGCCGAGAGGAAGUACGCUAACAUCAGGAAGAGGCUGGACCAGCUCGGCUACCGGCAGGCUCUGGCCAUGGAAUCUUUGCCGCUGGUGGAGAAGCUUUUCAGUGACUUAGUUCAUACAACAGAGAGCCUUCGGCAAGCAAAAUUAUCUACUGUGAAAGCAGAAAAAGAAAGCGCCAAUUUUGAUUUUGUGUUGGAGCCCUAUAAAGUGGAAAAUGCAAGAUUGAGUAGGGAAAAUAAUGAAUUAUACCUGGAGUUGAUGAAAGUGCGCGAACAUUCAGACCAGCACGUAAGAGACCUGAAAACCACUUUGAAGAAGUGCGCACGGGAGACAGCCGACCUGAAGUUUCUUAAUAACCAGUAUGUUCACAAGCUCAAGCUUUUGGAGAAAGAGGGCAAAGCUAAAAAUGAAAAGAUUCAGCAACUUCAAGAAAAGAAUUUGCAUGCUGUAGUACAAACUCCAGGCGGCAAGAAAAGAAGCAUUGCUUUCAGGCGGCAGCGCAUGCAGAUUGACGAGCCGGCGCCCCCGUCUGAAGUCAGCUCUUACCCAGUCCCCCAGCCGGAGGACCCCUACAUCGCAGACCUGCUGCAGGUGGCUGAUAACAGGAUUCAAGAACUUCAACAGGAAGUCCAGCAGUUGCAAGAAAAGUUAGCGGUGAUGGAAAGUGGAGUGAGAGACUAUAGCAAGCAGAUUGAGCUGAGAGAACGAGAGAUAGAACGGCUGUCCAUGGCCUUGGAUGGUGGUCGCUCCCCUGAUGUCCUCUCGCUGGAAAACAGAAAUAAAGCCAACGAAAAGCUGAUUGCUCAUUUAAAUAUCCAGGUGGACUUUCUUCAGCAAGCUAACAAGGAUCUGGAAAAACACAUCCAAGAGCUUAUGGAAACCAAGGAAACCGUGGCCACGGAAGUUGUUAAUUUAAGUAACAAAAAUGAAAAACUCUGCCAGGAAUUAACUGAAAUAGACCAGUUGGCACAGCAGUUGGAAAGACACAAGGAAGAAGUGCUGGAGACUGCCGAUAAAGAACUUGGGGAAGCAAAGAACGAGAUUAAGAGAAAGCUCUUUGAAAUGAGGGAUCUCGAAGAAACAGUGGCAAAACUUCAGCUGGAAUUAAACUUAUGUCAGAAAGAGAAAGAAAGACUGAGUGACGAGCUGCUUCUGAAGUCAGAUCUGGAAACGGUUGUCCACCAGCUUGAGCAAGAAAAGCAAAGACUGAGCAAGAAAGUGCAGAGUUUCGCAGUUUCAGAACGAGAACUCACUUUGGAAGUUGAGAGAAUGAGGCUAGAACAUGGGAUAAAACGUCGAGACAGGUCACCUUCCCGUUUAGAUACAUUUCUGAAAGGUAUAGAAGAAGAACGAGAUUAUUAUAAAAAAGAGCUAGAAAGACUCCAACAUUUAAUACAGCGAAGAUCUUCCUCUACAAAUUAUGGUGCACGUGAAAAAGCUCCAGUAUUUAAAACACAAGAAAAAAGUGAUCACAACUCAGAACUCCAUCUGAUCACAAGAGAAAGAGAUGAGCUUCAGCGUAUGCUGGAAAGAUUUGAAAAAUACAUGGAGGACAUACAGGCCAAUGUGAAAUUAUUGACGGCAGAAAGAGACAAACUCAGUGUCUUGUAUAAUGAAGCUCAGGAAGAGUUAUCCGCGCUCAGGCGGGACUCCAACCAGGCCGCCGUCUCCAGCAAUAUCGUUAGUCUCAUGGAGAAGGAGAAGGAGCUUACAGAGUCCGACCUUCGAAGAGUGAUGGCAGAAAAUGAAACUUUGAGAGAAAAGUUAAAUAAUAUUGAAGAAAUGAAUGUUUUUGAAAAAUCAGAAUUAGAGAAAACUGUUGAUCAUUUGGCACGUGUUAAUCAUCAGCUUGAAGAUGAAAAAUACGAACUAAAAUCUGAAAUGUUACUAAUGAAAGAAAAAAUGGAGUCAAUAGAGAGCAGAUCAAAAUACCAAGCUCAGAAACUUUUCCACGUGGCUGGCGACUCUGCUCAUCACAAGUCAGAGAUGCACUCCCUCAAGAUAGUAAAUGAGCAGCUAGAGCGGUCACUUGAUGACUAUCAGCACCGACUCGCCAUCAAAAGAGGUGAACUGGACUCAGCCCAGGCACAAAUUAAAAUACUGGAGGAAAAGAUAGAUAAACUAAACCUUAAGAUCAGUUCGCAGGAUGAGGAGGCCCAUGUAAUGAAAAAGACCAUUGGUGUCAUUGAUAAAGAAAAGGAUUUCCUUCAGGAGACUGUAGACGAAAAGACGGAAAAGAUGGCGAAAUUGCAAGAAAACCUAGCGAGCAAAGAAAAAGCUAUUGCACAGAUGAAGAUAACUGUCUCAGAGUUUGAUAAAUCUAUGAACCAGCUAAAGGAAACCUUGAGUAGCCGAGACCGGGAGGUCAGCAGCCUCCGGCGCCAGCUGGACGAGGCCCAUAAGGAACUUGAUGAAGUUGGAAGAUCCAGAGACAUGGCUUUUAAGGAAAACAGAAGGUUGCAGGAUGAUCUGGCGACAAUGGCAAGAGAGAACCAGGAAAUCUCAUUGGAGCUGGAAGCAUCAGUGCAAGAAAAAGAAGAAAUGAAGAGUAGAGUUCAUAAUUAUAUAACUGAAGUGUCGCGCUGGGAGAGCCUGAUGGCUUCUAAGGAAAAAGAAAACCAAGACUUGUUAGAUAAAUUCCAGAUGCUUCAUAACCGGGCUGAGGACUGGGAGGUGAAAGCCCACCAGGCGGAGGGAGUGAGCAGUUCCGUUCGGCUGGAGCUGCUUUCUAUUGACACGGAGAGGAGACACCUUCGAGAAAGAGUGGAGCUGCUGGAAAAAGAGAUCCAGGAGCACAUGAGUGCACAUCAUGCCUACGAGUCCCAAAUCUCGUCAAUGGCAAAAGCCAUGUCCAGACUGGAGGAGGAGCUGAGGCUGCGGGAGGACGAGAAGGCCGCAGUGCUGGGUGACCUGUCCUCCCUCCGAGAGCUCUGCAUCAAGCUGGACUCGGGCAAAGAUGUUACCACCCAGCAGCUGAAUUCCAAAAGCCUCGAAUAUGAGAGGGCUGUGGCAGAGUUAGAAAAUGUAAAAUCAGAGUCUGAGAUGUUAAAGAAACAGCUGUUAAAUGAAAGACUCACGAUUAAAAACCUCGAAGCGUUAUUGGCUUCAAAUAGAGAUAAAGAAUUUCAUUCUCAUUUAACCUCCCACGAGAAGGAUACAGAGAUUCAACUCCUUAAAGAGAAGUUAACCCUUUCAGAAAGCAAAUCAACUAGUCAAAGCCGGGAAAACGCCAUGCUUCGAGCCAAAGUGAUGCAAUUAGAAACAGACCAUGAUGCUCUGAAAAGGCAGAUUUCUGCAGAAAAAUAUGAGCGAGAGCGUGCGAUCCAGGAGAUGCGUCGGCACGGCCUCCCUACGCCACCGCUCAGCUCCACUCUGAAGUCUCCUCCACAGUCUCCUCAGCACGUUGACGUGUGAUCACCAGAG